AUGUUUUCCUUCAGCUACAGCGUCACUCGACAGUAUCCCUACAAAUGGUUUACGCCAGUCGCUAUCGUUGGAGGAAUCAUCUUGGCGGUUAUGUUCUCGGCUAUCAACUUCUGGUCCAAUGCUUAUACUAUGGUCACCGCCACAACCAGCCAAUUGUCAGUGGUUGAAGAUCCUGACACCUGGCUUGGACAUGCGCCUAGAAUAUUCACGAGCAAGAUACUACCAACCUGUGACCAAACCAGUUUCCUCAUUGGCUCUAUGGUAUAUACCAACCAGACCGCUUUUGCGUCCCAGCUUCUUUCCGCGGGUGGAGCUCUCGAGUUAUUUUACGGAGGAUGGCAAAUUCACAGCUGCAAGGACCUGCAAGUCUCGAUCGAAUUCGAGACAAACAGUGGUCGGCAGGCUGCCCAGAUGGAUACCUCUGGUUGGGGUGCCACUGUCGGUGCCAACAUCGAUUGUGUUCUAGACAACAAGGUCUCUUCCGAAAUGACUCUUAGUGCUGGAUACGAUCCCCUCUCAUGGGGUAUGGACCAGGGAGGCCCAGUCGUCAUGGGGCUCAGUUCAUUCCAUUCAGACUUUCGCUGGGCAGAAACGCUCCUACUGAGCUUCUGGACAGAAACUAUAACCGCGAUCACCAGUCAAACCGCAACACAAUCAGAAGACCAAGAUCUGAGUUCCUCGCGGUAUAAUCUUACAAGCGGAUACAUAAGCUUCCGAUCUCCAGGACCUGAUAUCACAGAUGCGUCCUUCUUCUCGAAAGGACAAUACGCGUUCUUCGAUAGCAAUCUACAAGGUCAGAAGGGAUACUUCGACAGCUCGGAAGGUCUUAGCUAUGGGAAUCUUGUUGGCAAUGCAUCCUGGCCAGACAUCUGGGCACCAGCGGAUCGCCUCGCCAAAGCUAUGUUUUCCACAAUCACCGCUGACCUUGGUCAGACCUACAGAACUCCAUCUGACAUGUCCAUGAUCAUGACUGCGGACCAAAUACAGUACUGGACCGAAAACCUGACGCACAUAUGGAACGCAAGUACUGUGUUAGAUAAGGACAAGCUUGAGGAUGACAGAUGGUUUCAAAUGACUCAGUAUAAUGCAACUCGCGACGAACCUGUCGAGCCUUUCACAAAUUCAACACUUGCCGCAGCUUACGUUUGUCAAGUCCCUGUUCUCAAGUCUCACUUCAACAUCUUCAUAUCCAUCCUCGUCGCCGAUGUCGUUUUGCUCAGAGUGGCGUGGACGCUGUACAAUUACAUCGUGUGCUAUUUUCUCAAAGAUCGACAGCCGGAUUCGAACUUGUGUCCAGGCUGUUUGGAACGCGGUCAGUCUGACGAAGCUGGGACGGAAGAACUUGAGAACGUCGAUGUUGGCGAGGAUACUGGAUAUCAUGGACGAGAUAUCGAGAUGGGUGAUCUUGGAAGAGAUCGUGAGGAACAAGCCGAUCAGCAGAGUUUACAGAAGCUAUUGACCAGGAAGCCUGUUGGGAGUUGA